AUGAUGGGUUGCGGCAGUCCCUUGGAGGUGAUAGAUGUUUCGGGUGGUCUGCCCGCGGAUUUAGGGCAGGUUUACACGAUAAAGCCGCUCGGCGUGAUUCCAGUUGUGCGCGAGGCUGGGUUGGCCUGGGUGGUGGUGGGAAUUGGCGCGGGGGACUUGUUGGCGAGCCUGAUGAAUCACGUUGAUGACGUGUACGCGCUGCUCCCGGGAACAAUGGAAUCCGUCAUGCAUUGGCUGACGGUUUGCGACUCCACUGAGCCUGGAGACCCCCCAGCGGUGUUAGCCAGUGAUGACAGCUACGGCACGGACAAGGCACUGGAGGUGAUAGCACAGGCGCACGCCGCAUGGCAGCUGUUCCUCCACAGCAACGUGCAGCCGGAGCCCUGGCGGCCGGAUCUGGACGUGUUCUCCACCAACGUGCUGCAGGCCUGCUGGCGCAAAUACACUGACGGGCAGAGCGCUUUGGUGCUCCCUGUAUCGUGUGAGCGGCGGGAUGAGAGCGUUCCUGGAGAUGCUUAUAACGGGGAUGAGAUGCUGGGGUUUGGAUCAGUGGGGUUUGGUGCGGUUGAUGGAGAUAUGGCGGAUGAGGAGGGGGUUGAGAGAGAUGCAAGGGGUUCUGGGGGUGCAGGCAAGGGUGUGGCAGCAACAGGCUCCAAAAAGACAGAAGCAAAGUCAGCAUCCGCAUUGGCAGCACGGCACCCCAGCAGCUUUGAGAGCAGUGGGGGCUACAGCAGCAGCAGUGCGCAUGGGAAGGGGACGCGAGCUUGGAGUCCUCUAGCUGUGCUGCGCUCCAAAUCCCCUGGCAGUCUGCAGAGCAACCAUGGCAAGCAGCGCGCACAGAGCGCGGCACGUGACAGCAGCAGAAAAUCCCCUCGAAGUCACCAGAGCAGUGCGGCCAGGGUGAGCAACGAGGUUCAGAGUAGGGGGUUAGGGGCGGGUACCCAGUGGGCUGCUGCUGCUGCUGCUGCAGGCCAGGUGAAGCACGGUGCAGGCAGCCAAUCGCCAGUGGGUGGUAGACCACCCAGCAGCCCGUCCCUUGUAGUGGGUGGUAGACCACCAAGCAGCUUGUCCCUGGUAGGUGGUAGACCACCCAGCAGCCCGUCCCUGGCUGGUGGUGGACCACCCAGCAGCCCAUCUCCUGUGGGUGGUAGACCACCGCUCAGCAGCAGCAGCGUGUCUCCAGGAGGCCAGAGGGGGCGAGACAGCAGGUGUCCUGGAGAACGGUCAGUGGUGCCCAGACAGGGGGGCGGUGUGUGCGCGGGUAUUCCCAAGGGUGAUGGGCUGCUGCGUCGGCAUCGCAGUGAGAACCUGUCUGCGCGUGGGGCGUUUCAGCAGCAGCCGGGGGAUGGUUGGAAGCAUGGGUUGGGGGAUGGUGGACGGGAUGGUGGGGGGAAUGGUGGGAGGGAUGGUGGGGGGAAUGGUGGGAGGGAUGGUGGGGGGAAUGGUGGGAGGGAUGGUGGGGGGAAUGGUGGGGGGAAUGGUGGGGGGAAUGGUGGGGGGAAUGGUGGGGGGAAUGGUGGGAGGGAUGGUGGGGGGAAUGGUGGGGGGAAUGGUGGGGGGAAUGGUGGGGGGAAUGGUGGUGAGGUGGACAGGCUGGUGGCAAGGCUGCUGGAGGCAGGAGGUGCGUGUGCGGGUGCGGCACAGGCAGGCAGUGAUGCUGAGGUGCUGCGUCGGCACGGCAGUGAGAACCUCUCAAGGUAUAGCUCUGCGUGUCCUCCUGUGCUGCUGCAGGCAGUGCCUGAAGGAGGAGGAGUAGGUACUGGCGAGGUGCCCACAGUAGCAAGAGCCGGGGCUGCUGGGACGGCGGGGGCAGUAGCAGGAGUUGGAGCAAGGGGGAAGGCAGCAGAAGCAGCAGCAGCAAUGGUAGAGUCAAGCCACUCUGGCAUGGCUUGUGAGCUCACAGCAAAGGGGAAAUUGCCGCAGAAAGGCGGGCAGCGGGGUGAUAGACUCCGCUUUCCGCAUUCCAAGUCUCUACCCCCGACUUUAACUGGAGGAAGCUGGAGUGAGGAGGAAAUCAUACAGCCUGUUUUGACUGUGAAAAGGAUUGCUGUUCCCGGAAACGCAGCCGUUUCUUUAACCGGGAGUGCUUUUCCUUCAGAUAAUGAAGAUGCUUUUGCUGCUGUGGAAGACAGACAGUUACAGAGGCAGAAAUGGAUGCAGCUGCAGCAGCAGCUCCAGCAGGGUGCCUCUACAACCCCUACAGCCCCGUCAGCAGCACAGACUGACAGGUUUCGUCGCACUCUCUCUGCUCCGCGCUCCUCCCUACCCCCACCCACCGCCUCCUCCACUCCUUUCCCUGGUCACCCAUCCAGACUCCUCCCAUGUCUGCCACUUUCCUCCCCACCCCCUCAUUCCUCCCCACCCCCUCAUUCCUCCCCACCCUCCAUGCUCAACAACCCGCAGUCCUCUUUCCCAUCUACCUCUGCCCGCCGCCGCUCCUCGUCCUUCUCGGGGUGUGAAAGCUCUGGCCUUGGCUCGCCUGACUGCUCCACCGCCACACACCCUCCUGCGUGUGAGGCAUCUGUUGCAUUUGAUGCGCCACAGGCACUUGUGGUUGAGGCGCAUGGGCAGCAACAGCCUCCCAAACACUCCACUGUUGCCGCCCAUGCUACAGCCGCCCAUGCUACAGCCUGCCAUGCAGAAAAUGAAAUUGCUGCAGCCAGGCUUGAGUCAUGGAAUGCAGUAGACAAGUCUCAAAUGCCGCUCACCCUGCCACUGCCAGAGCUGCCAGUGGGACCUGGGGAAGGUGAAGAGAGAGACGAGGGAAUGGGAGCAGUCGCCUAUAUGCAAGAGCAGGAAGAGCAAGAGCAGCAGCAGGUAGAUUUGAGGGAGUUGGAUGUGGUGGGGCUGGUGCUGAGGGGAGGUGGGGGGGGAAGGGAAGAGAUGGGUGGGUUGGAAGGGAUUCGGAGGAUGCAAGGGCUAGGCUUGGUGGGGGGGCAGCAAGGAGGAAGCUGGCAAGAGGGGGUGGAGGAGGACCAGUACCAGCAGCGGCACGACCAGCAGGAGCAGCAGCAGCAGCAGCAGGAGCGAAUGUUUGAGUGGACCUCUGACUGGACUGUGAAUCGGUCUGCUGAGCGUUCUCUUGACUGGUGCUCGCAAGGGAAGCCCCAGCAAGCUGCGCUUGGUGCUGAUAGUGUCGGUGCUGCGAGCGGUGCUGGUGGUGCUUCUGGCAUUGGUGCUGGUAGUGGUGUUGGCAGCGGCAGGGCAGCAGCAGCGACCGUACGGGAAGCAUUCAAUGGAGCGCCAUUACCUUCUGAUGUGGAGGGCGCAAGGCCACUGUAUGGCGAGAUGACUUCUGAGUCGACACAAAAGGCAGCAGCGACCAGAGGGGAAGCAUCCAGUGGAGUCUGGUCACCUUCUGGAAUCGCUUUUGCGAGCUCUCAAAAGCCAUCCAGUGGAGGCUGGUCACCCUCUGCUGUGGAGGGCGCAAGCGCACUGUAUGGGCGCACCAUGACCCUCGACAGACACAGUUUCAGGGGCUGGGGCACACGCACAGCCACAGGCGCACGCAUGGGCAUGGGUGUGGGCAUGGGCGCGAGUCAGAUGGGUGUGGGUGUGGGUGUGGGUGUGGCUGUGGGUGUGGGUGUGCGAGAGGGUGAUGAGAUGGCAGUGCCUCAGCUGGAGCGCAGGCGGACAGUGAGCAGGGUGAAGUUCAGUGAGGAUGUGGACGUGGUGAUGUAUGAAGAGGCUGACGUGGCAUCUGCUGUGCUGCGAUGCUGA